AUGUUAACAACGAAUAAAGAAAUAAUAAAAUUAAUUUUAUAUAAUUUCAUACUCGAUCCUAUGAUCAAAUGGGAUAAUAUACAAAAUAAAAUCACACUUAAACUUACUAAUCAUAUUAAUAUUUUUACUACUUCAUCUACUACCAAUAGUAGUACUGUGAGUAUUAAGGAUCCCUAUAGUACUAGUAAUAUGAAGAAUAUAAUUGGAAAUAAUAUGGAAUAUAAAACAGGAAAUGGUGGUUUAGAAGUAAUAUAUAUAAAUGAAAAAGUAUACAGUAGUAUUAGUUAUAGUAGUAAUACUACUACAGAUACUAGGGGUACUGGUAAUAAGGAUAUUACUAAGGUCAGUAGUGUUAGUGGUACAGUUGGACCAAGCACCGUUACGGAUGAAUACCAAUGUAUAUAUAAUAUAUUAAAUUGA